UUCACGAGUUCGGUUUACAGUUUACAGAGCACACAAGUUUAAUAGCGCCCCUGGAAGUUCGAACUGACAGCCGAACACCUCACAACAAAAACAUGGACGAUGCUAAGAUUAGCCAGUUGAGUGAUGGCAUCGAUGCCCCGGUUUGGAUGUUUUGGAAGAGACGCCGCUACGUUCUGGUGCUGAUGGCGUUCCUGGGCUUUUUGAAUCUCUACACAAUGCGAGUGAACCUGAGUGUGGCGAUUGUAGCCAUGACAGAGAACCGAACGGUGCUGCAGGAUGAUGGAAGUGUGGCAUAUGAACGAUAUUUUAAUUGGAGUUCAUCGGAUCAAGGCUACGUAUUGAGUGCGUUUUUCUAUGGAUACAUGAUCACCCAGAUUCCCGGUGGAUAUAUUUCCGACAGGCUCGGUGGCAAUAACGUAUACGGAGCAGGAGUUGGUAUGACAGCGAUCCUUACUUUGUUGACGCCGGUGGCAGCUAAUGCAGGUGUCGGUUGGUUGAUUGGUGCUCGGGCUUUGGAAGGAAUGUUUCAGGGAGUAGCCUUCCCCUGUAUGCACACCGUUUGGGCAAAGUGGGCUCCACCGAAUGAACGAUCGCGCAUGGUUAUGUUUUCGUUCGCUGGCGUAUUUGUCGGUACAAUCCUUGCCAUGAUGGUGAGCGGUAUUCUUGCGGAAUCUUACAAUUGGGAAAGCGUAUUCUACGUAUUCGGUACAGUUGGACUCGUUUGGUGCGUUGCAUGGUUUCUUAUCGUGAAACGAUCUCCAGAGCGAGAUCGUUUCAUUACGUCAUCGGAGAAAGAGUACAUCCUGAAAAGCCUCGGUCGAGUUGAAGGCGAUGUAGGAAAAAUCCGUCAUCCUUGGAAAGCAAUUCUAACUUCAAAAGCAGUAUUUGCACUGAUCGUGGCAAACUUCUGCGAAAAUUGGGGGUUUUAUUUUCUACUCACGCAGCUUCCCACGUUCCUGAAGGAUGCUAUGCACUUCGAAGUAACGACCACCGGUUUCAUCGCCGCGCUGCCAUAUAUGGCGAUGGGAUUGAGCCUCAGUGUGGCCGGAUAUUCGGCAGAUUGGUUUCAAAUCAAGGGUAUUCUAACGACUACGCAAGUGCGAAGGAAUUUCAACUGUGUCGCCUUCCUGGCUCAAACAGUGUUCAUGAUUUUGGGAGUGCUCAUACUGAAACCGAUUCCCACCAUCGGCUGCAUUACGGUGGCAGUUGCAAUGGGGGCGUUCGCGUGGUGCGGUUACGCCGUAAAUCACCUUGAUUUAUCUCCCAAAAGUGCCGGUGUUCUAAUGGGAAUCUCGAACUCGAUAGCCACCAUUGCCGGAAUUGCUUCGCCCAUCGUUACCGGUUAUGUCACGGUCGACAAAACCGACGACCAGUGGAGACUGGUGUUCUACAUUGCCGCCGGAAUUUACAUGGUCGGAUUUGUGGUCUACUGGUUUUGGGCAUCCGGGGAGCUGCAACCAUGGUCCAUCGAAAUGCAAGAAAUAGCUAAGAAGGAACAGAGAACUAACCAGAUAAGUUUCGACAACAAACUGCAAAUUAUUGACUAGAAUAUGUGUGUGUCAACAUUAUAUUUAGUUUUACCUAUCGGUAUUAGGACAGUUUCAGAGAUAUUAUUUGUAAUUUUGACUACCGCAUUCCUAUGUGAAAUCGUUUUUUUUCUGCUAUAAAUUGUGAACGAUUUUAGCGCAGACGAAUUUGCGAAAACUAGUAUUUUUUCAUAUUGUAUUUAAUUUCUUUAAAUUCCUUAUUGUUUGAUGAAUAUCAAAAUCAAGCAUUAACUUAUGCAUCUUUUGAAAGGUUUAGGAUAGCAUGUUUGACUGCUGUAUACUUUUAUCCAUAAGUACACUCAAGUCUUGUUAUACUAUAAAUUAUGCGAAUAUGUAUACGAAUUGAUUCGUCUUAGUGUUAUUUCGAAAACAAAUAUACGUCGACUCUCUGGGACCUUUUUCCUGAGAAAACACCAGAUCUUGACGUUUCGUGCAUUUCUAAUAGUUUUGGCAUCAAAUAAAUAAAUAAAAUUUCGAUUAUGGAAUUAUCAAAAUUUUCAAAGGCCCAAAGUCGAUACUUAAAAAAAAAUAUUUCGAAGAUGCACCAGAUCUCGAUAUACCUUAUGAUAAAAAAAGAACCGGAAUUUAAAAAAAAAAACGAAAAAAUUUCAAUUUUUAAUAAAUUUCUUUAUUAUCGCCUUCAAAGUACUCUCCUCCUGCGGCAAUACAUGCAUGCCAAAGCUUGAUCCAAUUUUCCAUACAAGUUUUAUAGGCCGCCGAAGGUAUGGCCUUUAGUUUACGCAGCGAAUUCUCAUUUAUGGUCUCUAUGGUCUCAAAACGCGUUCCCCGCAAUGGCAAUUUGAGUCUGGGGAAGAGGAAAAAGUUACACGGGGCCAUAUCUGGAGAGUACGGAGCUUGGUUGAUGAUAUUGUUUAGGUUUUUCUCCAAAAACUGCGACACAACCAACGCUGUGUGAGCCGGCGCAUUGAAUGAAAUUCAGCUUUCAGCGAGAAGCGACGCGUUUCAAACAAAAAACAUCAGUUAAAAUGUGUUCGGCUGAUCCAUAAGAGAUGCCCAACAACACAGCAAUCUCUCUAAUCGGUACAGAACAAUUUUGCAACACGAUUUGCUUCACCGAUUCAAUUAUUUCUUCAGUAACAGAUGUUGUUGGGCGGCCAGGGAUCUCAUCAUGAUCCAAGCUUGUACGACCACCUUUGAAGCGUUUAUACCACUCGUAUGCCUGUGUUUUUCCUAGACACGAUUCACCAAACGCCUUUUCUAACAUUUUCAACGUUUCGGAACACUUAAAUCCAUUUGCAACAAAAAAUUUGGUGCACGCACGUUGUUUUAAAUUUUCAUCCAUUAUAAAAAUCGCCACACGAAAAUUUUUCAACUUCUUUGUAUAGACGCUAAACAAAAACUAAUCGUACGAUAUGCGUCAAAAUUUGACAGGACGUUGAGAGAAUAAAAGUUUACCGAUUGGACAAGCGCGGGAAUUUUAAAAUGUAAAUUACGGUUCUUUUUUUAUCAUAAGGUAUCAUAAGUUUUGAAAACAUGUGGCAAAAACAAUUUGAAUUUUUUGCGAGUUUUCAAAGUUAUUUGCCAUGCACAAAAGAAGACUUGAGUGUAUUACUAUUAGAAACGAUAAUACAUUUUUGUAAUAGUGUUUUAAUUAUUAGUUUUUAAAUAAAUCGAACAGUUUGCAAUGGUUUUUUCUCGAAUUUCGACUUUGACUCAUCAAAAAUAAUUUUUACGUAUUACGUUCUGUGUCAGAAGAAAGCGUAGGUGAGUGUGAUAGUUAAUAAUAUGAGACAGGCUCAGAAUUGUCAGUGCCAGUGAGUGUCGUAUACAUUUAGUGAAGUAAACAUGUCGAAAUCCCUGCCAAGGAAAGAGUAUCUACGGGAAGUGUUGAUUCAUUAGUUUGUUCAAAAGAAAAUGUGCUGCUGGAUCCCGAAAUCGAAUCUUGCUGAAACUUACGAGAAGCAUGCUCUAUAGACUGUUGCGACUUGUGCACGUUUCUUUAUUUUAUUUUAUUUCUGGAGGCAGGGAAAAGCCCACUGGAGAUAAGUUAUUAUUUUCAUCUUUUGUACCAACAGAUUACAGAAUAUACAAAUGAUACAUUUCAUAUUAUUAACUAUUAUAACAUAUUGCAUAUUAUUAACUAUUAUAACUACAUAGCUAAGUACGUAGAACCAACGAUAAACUUUUAAAGAGAUAGUGUUUGACUAAACAAUUUCCUGAUAGUAUCACGAGUUAGAUGAAAGUCGAACUGACUAGAACAGCUAUUGAACACUCGGCACAUACUGACAAAUGACUCGUUGUGGCCAUAGUUGGUUCUGGCGGCAGGAAUGCGUAGGAAAGGAUGAGUUCGAAGACAACAACGACGAUGAAUAUCAAAAUCUAGCAAACGUAACAGCUCCGAGCAAUCAAUUCGUGACUGGAGAAGAUCAGCAAUGAAAACUACCUUGAACACAUUUCUGCGAACAGUAGAUCGAGAUCUAUGAGCUUGCAGCGAUCUUGGUAACUCGGAAGAUUUAGGGGGUCUCUCCAUGGUAGUUGGCGAAGCGCAAAACGAAUAAAUUUAUGUUGAAUAUUUUCUAUGCGUUGAAUGUCGUUUUGAUAGUAGGGUGACCAAACCACAGCUGCAUAUU